AUGUCUUCAAAUUUGAAAAAUGAUAUUAUCUCGUUAAGUUCUUUAAAUAAUUUAAACAAUUUAUUGAAAAAUUCAUCUUCUUUAAAUAAUUUAAACCAAUUUCAAUCCCAAUUUCACAAUCAAAACCAAAAUCAAAUUCAAAUUCAAAGUUCUAACCCAAAUUCAAUCUCCAACUCCAAUUCAACCUCUCAUUCACGCUCCCAUUCUCGUUCUCGCUCUUAUUCUCACUCUCACUCUCGUUCCUAUUCCCACUCUCGCUCUCAAUCAAUCUCAAUCUCAAACCACUCAAUGAAAAGGGACUUAUCAAUUGUUUCAAAAAAGUCACUUUUAUCUCAAUACUCUGAAAGACCUUUAUCUGCCAACUUUUUAAAUAACGAUGACUUAAACUCUCAAAAUAUCAUUGACGAUGAACUGCUAUAUAAAUCCCUAACUAAUAAGUCCUUGAAUAGUAAACUCAACCUUAUAAAUGACACAUCCAAUAUCUCUUUAAACGAAUCCCUAUUGUUCUCAAAAUCUUCAAAAUCAAUAAUGUCUCCAUCUGAUAAUAUCAAAUUAAAUCAACUAAUUGAUCGCAAUUCAAAUUUCCUACCUAAAUCCAAUAAAAGUAAUCCCCAAAAUUUAUCAAAUCUAUCCAACUCAUCUAACUUGACCGACACAGAUCACGAAAUUGACUAUAUUCAUAACAUUUUAAUUUCUAAAUCAAAUAAAAAGCCAUUUUCAACAUCAGCAUCUAAUCCUCAUUCAAUUUCAAUUUCAAAUAAUAAACUUGCUUUUAGCUCCAUUUCUAAAUCUAACUCUAACUCUAACUCUAUUUCCAACUCCAACUUAAUUAUAAAUACAAAUGCUAAUAAAAAAAUCCAACAGUCUUCAACUUCAUCCUUUAUUGUCCAAUUGAUUGAUAAAUCAUUCAAGGAUAUUAAUCCCUCUAUCGAUUUAACAACUUCAAACCAUAACAUUUCAAUUCCAAACUCUAAUGAAACUAAUUUAUACGAUAUUCUGGAAGAAUCCUCUUUAAAAAAUUAUAUAUCAAAAUCUGAUAGAAAUGAUAUCCUACUAGCUUAUAAUAAUAGUCUUGAAAACCUGCCUUUAAGUAAAAAAAAUCCUUCAGUUAGUCCCUCAGCUCAAUUGAGAUCUUUUCAUCUUUCAAAAAAAACUAAAGAAAAAUCCCAGAGAAGUAGAAGAUUUGCUCAAGAUCAUUCUGAAUCUAUCAGAUUAUUCAAUUUAUAUGAUAAAUUUUCAAAUCAACCUGCAAAAUCUUUAAAAUUAAAAUCUUCUUUAAAACUGUUGCAAAAAAAAUCUUCUAAAUCUUCAUUAUCUGAAAAGAAAUCGAAAAAGCUUAAAAAUUCGGACAAGAAAUCUGAUUUAUCCAAUGAAAAUGAUAAUUCGAGUACUGAAGUUCUUGAAAACCAAAGGGAUCAAAAAUCUUUUGUUGAAUUAGUUCCAUCUAAGAUUUCAACAAGUAGAUCUGACGGAAACGUCGUAAGAUUCCUUGAAAAUGAUUUUUCUGAUAUUACUGAUGAAGUUGCUAAAGAAAAUGUUUGUAAAAACAUUGCUUAUCAUGAUCAACAACAUAACCACAAUGAUGUUGUUGAUACAAAAGCGAGUCAUUCGUCAAAUCCUCAUAGAAUUAGACGUUCUUUACCAGAGAAUGAUGAAAUUCAAAAUAUUAAGAAAAAGAGUAAUUUUGUUAGAUUUUUAAUCAAAGAAGAUGAAGGUGAUGAACUGAAAACAUCCAGCUCUAAAAAAACAUAUAUUUUUAAUAGUAUUCAUGAAAACAAAAGUAACGAUAGUUUUGGAAAUAAAAGCUCUCAGUCGCAAUCAUUAAUUAACAGUUUUCCUGUUCAAAGAAGAGUUAGCUCAAGAAAAAUCUCUAAAAAGAUUAAACACAAACCUUCAAUUCUAUCAAUUUUUUCAAAUCGAUCAAAUGAAACUUCAAAUGUUACAUUUAAAAACUUAAAUAAUGAUUUUGAGUAUUAUGAUUCAACUAGAAAUAGAAUGUCUUCUAGAGUCUAUAGAAAGUCUGGAGCAUUAUUAAUUGAUAAAAACCGAAGAGAAAUUAUGGAAAAACAAGAAUUUGAUAAAGAUAAUAAGGCCAAGAAAGUUGUUCGCAGAAAAAAAUCAAUUUUUGAUAGAAAUGAAACAAAUUUAAAAACAACUGUUAAAAGUAGUGGAAAGUUUCAAGAUCAAUCAGAAAUGGGGACAACAUAUCUUACUGUUACUGAUGGAUUAGACAGUACAAUUUAUGAUACUAGCUUUUUAAUUGCUGAUAGUUCAUUUAUUAAAAAAAGUGCCAGUACCAAAUCAAUCCAAAGCUUAUUAAAAAUCAAGAAUACUUUAAAUAUAUUACCAAACUCAUUUUCACUUAAAUCUAUUGAUAAGGUUUUGCAUAAAAAGGACAAAAAAGUUGAGGGAACUGAAUUUAAACAAUUCCUUUGAUAAUAAAAAAUCACUAAUUAAGAAGCCUCUUACUAAACAAGAACUUAUUAGAAAAUGCUCAAAUACAUUGCUGCAUAUUAAGCAUCCUCAUCGCCACCAUUAUUUACCAGAUAAGGAGAAUAAUCCAACAAUAGAAGAAGAAAAUAAAUCUUUCUGUAAAGAUAAAACUAAAAAGUCUAAAUUAUCCAGAGCUUUUACUAAUUUUCGAAAAAAGUUAUUCUAGAAAAUUUUCUACUAAAUGAUUCCUCAUGUUAAUAUUAUCUACUGUUUUAUAUGGAUAUAAUC